AUGGCCGGCCAGUUAUGCCUCCCUGUCUCCCCGCGCCUCUCUUCCGUGAAGCCCUUGAAGCCGCACUUCAGAAACAUCCAAGUGAGCAUCUGUGUGGCUAUACAGUGCAGCGAUGGGCAGAUCCACCUCGCGGUGGUCACAGAGGUCAAAACACAAAACGCUUGGGUCACGGUAGAAUGGGUCGAAAAAGGAGUCAAAAAAGGCAAAAAGAUUGAUCUAGAUACAAUAUUCCUGCUGAAUCCAGCGCUGGCAUCUGCUGAGCACCCCACGCCAGCCAGGGCGUUGCCCUCCUUGUCUCUAGCGCCCUCUUCGGCCAUCGGGAACCAGCAGACGGCCACGCGGUGGAUUGCGACGAUCCCCCAGAAAAACGAAACGCCCUCAGGGGACAGUCCGGAUAUGAGAGUUCCCAGCAGUCUUUGCCUGAUGAAGCAGAAGAAGUCUCCUUGCCUACGGGAAAUUGAGAAACUGCAACGGCAGCGAGAGAAGUGCAGACUGCUGCAGCUGGAGAGCCGAGCUCAGCGCGCCCUGGCUGUCAACACGGGAAACCCCAACUACGAGAUUCAGAGCAUGAUCCAGGAAUGCCGCAGGUGCCUGGACUGCAGCCAGUUGUCGGGCCCGGAGCCACUGGAGGACCACCGCAUCAGCGUCUGCGUGAGGAGGUGGCCUCUCAACCAGCGGGAGACCACCAUGAAGGACCUGGAUAUCAUCAUCAUCCCCUCGGACAAAGUGGUCAUGGUGCACGAGUCCAAACAAAAGGUGGACCUUACUCGCUACCUGGAGAACCAUUCCUUCUGCUUCGACCAUGCCUUCGAUGACAUCGCCUCCAACGAGUUGGUGUACCAGUUCACUGCCCAGCCACUUGUUGAGUCCAUCUUCUGCAAGGGCAUGGCUACCUGAUUUGCCUAUGGGCAGACGAGCAGUGGGAAAACGCACACCACGGGUGGAGCCUUUUCAGGAGGGGACCAAGAUUGUUCUAAAGGCAUUUAUGCCAUGGUGGCAUAGGAUGUCUUCCUCCUGCUCAAAACUUCUGCUUAUGAGAAGCUGGACCUCAAAGUCUAUGGCACAUUUUUUGAGAUUUAUGGGGGAAAGGUGUAUGACUUGUUGAACUGGAAGAAGAUGCAAGUCCUUGGGGAUGGCAGUCAGCAAAUCCAGGUGGUCGGGCUGCAGGAACAAGAGGUGUGCUGUGUGGAGGACAUGCUGAACCUUGUGGAACUUGGGAACAGCUGCCGGACUUCAGGACAGACAUCAGUCAAUGCCCACUCUUCCAGGAGCCACGCAGUGUUCCAGAUCAUUUUAAAGUCUCAAGGGAAACUGCAUGGUAAGUUUUCCCUUGUUGACUUAGUUGGGAAUGAAAGGAGAGUGGAUACUGCCAAUGCCAACCGGAAAAGACAGCUGGAAGGAGCAGAGAUUAACAAGAGUCUCCUUGCACUCAAAGAAUGCAUCCGGGCUUUGGGUCAGAGCAAGUCUCAUACCCCAUUCAGAGCCAGCAAGCUCACACAGGUGCUCCGGGACUCCUUUAUAGGCCAGAACUCCUCCACUUGCAUGAUUGCUACUAUCUCUCCAGGGAUGGCCCCUUAAAACACCCUCAACACUUUAAGAUAUGCCAAUAGAGUAAAAGAAAUAACUCUAGAUUUAAGGCCUCGCCAUUGUUGUCUUUAUCCCACUGAAUGUGAGGUGCCAAGGAUGUUGGAAAAUCACAUGAGAAAUUCAGAAAUGUCCCUUCAAGACAAAUUUAUUAAAAUGCCUUGUACGCAGAGUGAGGAGGAGGAAGAGACUAAAGAAAUCAAAGCACUAUCCUCUCCACUAAUGGAGGAUACAGCAAUCUCCUGGAAGGAAUCAAGCCAACGGCCAGGGAAUAACAUCCAGGAGAUAGCUGAUGGGGUAAACUGUGAUGUUGAUUUUUGCAUUGCCCAGUUAUUGUCCAUUUUGGAGCAAAAAAUAGGUUUUCUGACUGAGAUUCAAAAGAAACUGAAAUUAUUACGAGCUGACCUUCAAAAGGAGAGCAAGCACAGUGAAGCCAGUGGUGAGAGAUCAGACCUGAAAUGA